GCCGAAUAGAAGUCAUAUGUAGAUAUGUUUUAGUCCGGGCCUCGACAUUGGGCUUCUACAACCUGAAGUCAUGGUGCCAUCCGUUGGAGCUUGUCCGUCCGUGGGCACUUUUCGGCUUGCAGCCUCAAAUUCCGCUAGAAAAACUGGGGCAAGACAUGUUGGGCCUUCAGCACCACAGGUGGCCAUCGCUGAGUGUUGUGCUAGAGGGAGAUGAGAGGAGCUGCAAUGUUUGGACAAUGUUUGGACAGCUCCUCAAGCUGCCAUUAAUACCUAUUUUGCUGGCCACACUGUUUUUCGCUGUUGUUGGCUCAACAAGUUUGCACAUUGCAGAGAGGUGAUUACAGGGACAUGUUUUUCCUGCCCGCCCACUGCCAAGUGAAAUCUGGAGGGAAGACUUGAGGAUCACAGCUGGAGAAGGGAUACGCAGAAUCAUGAGUGAUCCAUGAGGCAACAUGGGUUGCAGCAGACAUGCUUCUUCAAUUUCGGUUCACUUCGACGUGUAGACAGCUCCUCAAGCUGCCAAUAACAGCUGUGUUGCUGACGAUUCUGGUUUUGGCUCUGCAAAUUUGCACGAUUGUUGUAAGAGGACAUUUUGCUUGUCCGCUGCUGCUGCCACUUCAAAGCUGGAGGGAAGACUUGAGUAUCACGGCUCGUGGGAAUACGCCGCAAUAUGUCUUGGUUGGGUAGACAUUGCGCCUCCCGCAAUCGACUGCUGCAGUGCUUUCCGCUGUCCUUCCAUGUCUUGGAAAGUGCCAAUGUUGAGACUGCACUGCAUGCACGCAAAACAGACACCGCCGGAACUCUGCAGCGGUCAUUCGUGCUUUUGUGUUCGGAAGCUGUCCCGUUCCCUGAUGAAUUCCUCUCAAGCAGCAUGCAGAAGAUGAAGCGCAAAGGUAGGAGGUACAGUUCGAGUGUCGGGUGCUUGCAAAGCAACCACGGCUGGAAGCUUGCAGAUGUAAUAUGUGCUUUUGUGUUCGCCCCAUUCCGGGAUGGGUGCAACAUUCAAGCAGCAUGCAGAAGUUGAAGCCCUGAAGUGCAGUAAGAGAUGCACUUCAAGUUUCUGUACCUCAUCCUCUCCAUCCUUUUCAGGCAUGCUGAGACUGGGGGCUCGCAAAAAACAACCACGGCUGGUUGUCUUGCAGAAGUCACUUGUGAUCUUGCGUUGUCAAUCUAUCCGGGAAUGCUUCAUUCCAUGUCCUCCAACUAGCCGUCGGUUUGACAGAACAUGCUCCAGUGUAGUAAAGACUACAACCAUGCAACAAGUUUUAUUACCGUAGCUGGGGAAGCCCAACUUUCUAAUCAGGGGGAUUCGGCUUGCCUGAAGGUUGAUCACUGUUUCGGUGAAACGCCUCUUCUGAACGAGGAGUCGAUGGCGGCGUUGCGACCGAGUGGCGUGAGACGGUGAUGGGAUGAGUCACAAGGCGAAACGAAGACAGGCCAAGGUUCUAAAGCCUUGGUAGCCCCCCCAUCGCUCUCCAAUUCGGUCCUGG